AUCUUGUCGCUUUUCAUUAUUCAAUGCGGAAGUUGUGUUGUGAUUUAUAAAUGUAAAAUAAUUAUCCAUGAAUUAUACAAAAUAGUAAGAUGUCAGAGCGGAAUCGUCAAGUUCUGAAUGAACUUUUAAAGAAGCCUGGAAAUAGUUGCUGUGCUGACUGCAAAUGUGAAGAAAAUGUAGAAUGGGCAUCAUGCAAUCUUGGUAUAUUUUUGUGUCAGGACUGUGCAGGGAUUCACAGAAGUUUAGGGGUAGAUACAAGCCGAGUCAAAUCUAUCAAGUUAGAUAACUGGGAUGAUGAUCAGGUCAUGAAAAUGUCAGAGAAAGGAAAUGAUGUGGUUAACAAAAAGUAUGAGCAACAUUUACCAAAGUAUUACAUGCGCCCAACAAGACAUGAUGUGGAAAUAUUAAGGGCACAGUUUAUACGGGCUAAAUAUGAGCGUAUGGAAUUUGUUUAUCCUGCCAAACAAGCACCGUAUAGUUCAAAUACAAAGGAAGGAAAUUUGAUGAAGAAAGGCAAACACGAUAAAAAAUAUAACCCAAGGAGGUUUAUUAUAAAUUCCAAAGAUAACUGCCUGCAGUAUUUUAACAAAGAAUCACCUAAAGGACCAAAAGACACAGUACCACUAGAUGACAUAAACAUUGUGUUUGUACCAGAGAAGAUUGGUAACCCGAAUGGUUUUCAGAUAUCAUAUAUGAAGAAUGGUACAACUAGAAAUCUCUUCCUCUACUGUGACGAUUCUAAGGAAGCUAUAGACUGGUUUACAGCAAUACGAUGUGCUAAAUUAGAGAGAAGACGGUUAGCAUUCCCUGAUAGAAAUGAAGAUGAGUUGUGUAAAGAUUUGACCUCAAAUUUUCUCUGUGAAGGGUUUUUAUGGAAGAAAGGACCUCGCAAUGAACCUUAUAAAAAAAGAUGGUUCACCUUGGACAGAAGGAAGCUUAUGUACCUAUCAGAUCCUCUGUCACCGAUUCCUAAAGGGGAAGUAUACAUAGGACAUAAAGAUGCUGGAUACUCUGUUGCCAAUAGCACAAAAAACAAGUCUGAUAUCCUAGAGUUUGUUCUAGAGACGACAGAGAGAGGGUUUGAGUUGAAGGCUGAGAGUAUUGAAGAUAAGGAGAAGUGGAUUGUAGCUCUGACCAAUGUGAUAACUAAUCCUCCAACUCCACAAGAUAUUAAAAUGUGUUCAAUGAUGAAUAGACGAUGAAGAUGUUACAGACAGAUGUUAUAAUUGCAAAGACAUUUGUGAUAUACAGUAUGCCUCUUAACAUGUGCUGCAAAUAUUCAUGUUUGACAUUUCUACUGUAUAAAUCUUUAUUUUAGUAUAAAUCAAUGAUUCUGAAUAUAGAGAUCUAAUCCUGCUGUAUGGAUAGUCGCAGAAUUUACUAUUGACUAUAUAAUUGUCUUGUUCUUUUUUAUGAUUGGCUGAGCAUGAUUUGUAAUGUGCUUGGCAAGGGUACAACAAUGUUGAAGAGUAGUUUAGUGUGUGUAUGUGUCUAAUAUUAACUUAUCCGGACAUUGAUGAAGUUAUUUACUUGAAAUGUUUUAAAGAAACUUGACACAAAAGUUUGAGAUUAUCUGUUUUGCUCAUUGCCUCUGUCUGUAUCUUCAAGGUCAAGGUCAAACUUGGAGAUAAAUGAUCAUUCACAACAUGUGGUCUCUAGUUUAAUCAUCUGGUCUGAAAUUUUUUACUUUCCUUUUUUCUUUUGAGUGUAUAUAUAUUUUUAUUACUUAUACAAUUUGUUCAUAUUAAGGUAUAAAAACAUUCCUGUGACAUGUUUUAUACAUGUAAAUUAUUUUCUUGUUUCAGUGCCAUAUUUUUUAUGGGACUGGAUUCCCUCAAUGUUUGUUUGUUAAAUAAUUUUGUUCCUACCCAUAAGCUGCUGAAUCUGUGUAACGACUUUGACUGUUUAGUUUUGAACAGCCCAUUUAGAGAAUUGGCAAAAUACAAAAUAUAUGCUUCCAUUGUUGAAGUCUGGUAUAACCUGGCUAUGUACUGGUAGAAAGAGCUAAUCCCUUUUAAUUCCAGCAGAUUAUUGCUAAAUAUCUUUUACACAUCUGAUUAGGUCUAUUUUUUGUGUCAAAAUUGUUUUGUUUAGCAAAAGGAAUAAACUUGAUAUUAGUUCACUGGCAAUACUAGAGCUUUAGAUAAAGUAAAUGUACAUAACUGCUAGCUGGUGAAGGGACAUGACUCUUAUCAAACUUAGCAUCAUUUAUAUCAUUCAAGAAAUGUUUGGGAGUUUUGGGAUUUUUUUAUUAUUAUAGAUAGAAGAAAUGUGAUCAAUAUAAUUCUACAAGUGUUUAAAAUAGUGCUGUAAUAGUUUUUUUGGUAUAACAAUAUACAUGUACUUUUAUCAUGUUGCAGUGUCAUCCAUUACAAACAGCUUAUAUUAUAACUUUUAUUUUGACCAUGUUGAGCACUGUUACUUUGUGAAAAUAUAAACACCUAUAUGAGAUGACACAACAUGUCGUUUGCUAUAGAACAAGCUAUGUCAGUAAUCAUUUAUCUCACUGAUGCAUUAUAUUUCUUGUAGAUUAAUACUGGUUAUUAUAUCAAUAAUAAACCGUAGCUUACAAUAAGUUUUAUAACAAUCAGUAUAUCACCAUAUUACAAUAUGCACAAUACAAUAACGGUUCACUGUAUGAUAAUUUAUCGGACUACAUACUGUACUGUAUCAUCGCACAUGUAGUUUAGAAACCUAGUAUAAUUAAACACCUGCAUGAGAAAAUGACCCUUAACAUCAUUUUACAAAUGAUGUCAAAAGACCUUAACUUGUCAUUGAAGUUAAAAAUAAAAAAAGUGAAUUUCCAUUGAAAUGUUAAAUUGAGGAUAUUGAAUGAGUGUAAGUUUCAUACUGAAUUUAUUGAACAAGUUGAAUAAAAUUAUAUUAUGCGAGCCUCUGGUGAGUAAAAUAUUACAUUAUUCAACAAGUUCAAUAAAUUCAGUAAUGAACUUACACAAAUAUAAUAUUCUAUUUGUCACAUACCCAAAAUUAGGACUGUUUAAAGUGCAAAAGAAUAAUUUUUUAAAUUGAUGCCUCUAAAGUGUAACGCUAACAUUUAGCAAGUCUUUACACUAUGUUUGGAUAUAACGUAAAUGACGUCAUGUCAAAAUAUAUGCAUGGUCGUGCAAUACCAUAUUUGCAGAGUCGCAAAAUCGCAAGGGUAUGUGAUAAAGAUAAAAGACAAUAAGCAAAUUUCAAAAGUUUUUUUUAUUUAUUUCAAGAGCUAUAGAAUUGAAUUUGUUUGUGACUUUAGUAUGUCAAGUUAAAAAAAAGUUAAUGACAUAAAGAGCUGUUUUCUCAUGUUGGCAGUCAUAAUAUUGAUCUUGUUAGUCAUCCAUAGUAAAUGAUUGUUUGGGUUUUUAAUUGCAAACUUUAAAGAUAGAUUUCUAUGAGUAAAAUACAUUUCCAAAUGAUAAUUAUUUUCGUUAAUAAUCAAGACCAUGGACAAAAUACUAUUGGUCAGACAUGCAGGAUUUCUUUGAUAAUCAGGUUACACAGCAACAACACUAUGAAUGGUUUCAUGUAAAAUAACAUGUAUUUUUUGUAUUACUUAAAUCUUUAUACAUGUACACAAAAAUUAAUUCUCAUAAUUAUUUAUUAUAACUUUAUGAAUUUAAUAUAGAAUAAUGAUUUAUUUACCUUUUUUCAAACAAUAUAUCUUUAACUUGUUUGUAUUUUUGUAUUUCAUUUUUUGUUUUUAUAAAUAGAUAUAUUUCUAUUCUUUGCUUAAUUUGAAUCAUAUCAUUUUUUUGUAACAUUUUUUUCAUAUUUAAAAAAAAAAUUCUUCUAUUUUGCAUAUAAUCAGUGUUUGAUGUUAUGUGCUAAUUUCACUGGAAUUACUUUUACCAUGUUUAUUUAACAAAUAUAUUUCUAUAAAAUGAAACAAACAUCAAUAAGUAUAUUACUCCUAUGCAUAUUUAAAGUUUUGAUUCAACAAAUUAUUGAAAUACAUUUGCUUAUAUAGACAAAGAAAAUUGGCAGUGUGGAUUCAUGAUAUAUGUUCUUCACUGAUACACAAAAAGAAUGUGUUACAAAGUUUUCUUUCCUUUUCAAAUAAUAAAUGUUUUAGUUUUAGUUUAUACUAAUUUAUUUAGUUUGAUUGUGUUGGAAGCUAUAACCUUAUUGAACCCCUCUUGAAAAUAUUUUAGCACAUUAUUAUGCAUCAGAACUACAUACCAUGCAAUAUCAUACAAUUAGAAUUUGUUACAAGAUGUGUAGGUUAACAUUGUAUAAUGAUUUAAAUAUGUCUUCCAUUUUAACAUUCCAUUAGUGUAUAAAGCUAUAUAUCAGCUGCAUGUAGUUUACAGACAUAUUGUUUGAAUUUUGAUAAAGAAUAAUUCCAAAAUACUUGUAUGUAGGAAAUAUGUUUGUAUAUGUCCUUAAGAGAGAAUGACACAUGCACAAAAUCAUAGCUAUAUGGUUUAUACUGUACUUAAAAUAGCAGAAUAAUAAUGUACUUGUAUUUGAAUUCGCGGAAACAAAUUUUCACGGAAAGGUCUAUUUUGGGGGUCUAUACAUUAAAUAGAAUUUUGUUCUGGAACAGAGACAUUAUAUGGUACAAAUUCUCUUAAGAAUCAACCAUUUGGGCUAUGGAAACAACAACAUUUUACAAAUUAUUAAUUUUACAUUUUAUAUCUUAUGGUACAGCUUUAUACACUUUAAACUUCAUUAAUUAAUUGAUGAAAUAGAUUGGUUCUUCCAAAUCUCUACUCAUAUUGACUGUUGUUAUAAGUAAAAGUACAACGUUUUUGUUGCAAUAUCAAUGGUAGAAUACUAUGUCAUCCCCAACCUGCAAAGUGCUCCCAAUCGAACUGUUUCUUUUGUAAACAUCCUGUUGACUCGAAGUUAAAAUUUGUUUUUAUUGUAAGAAAUGGUUAGGAUAUGAAAAAAUAAUGUAGCGCACCAAUAAUUGUCUUGAGAACAUAAUAUAAUUUUUAAAAAAAAGUUUUACUUCCUAGUUUAGUCAUGAAAACGGGAUAAAGUUUUUUUCUCUCCUAAAUGAUCUCAAUUGGACACCCAAACAAAAUUUAUCCUGUUUCAGGCUCAAACCAGACAGUAAAACUUCAGACAUUUUUAAAAAUUAUGUCAAGUACUCCAGCCAAUCUUUGAUGAGCUACAAUGUUUUUUUGAUAUUCUAACAAUUUCUUAGAAUAAAAAAAAAUAAAAUUUUAGUCUACAAAGAAACAGUCUGAUUUGGAGCAUUAUACAGGUGUGUCUGACCAUUGAAUAUAACAAAAGGGACUGUCAGUGUGGUAUUGUUUUUUUAAGGACAGUGGAGUUUGGAGUAGGUUAAAAUUUAUGUCCAGUUUUCCAGUCAAUCUUUGAUGAACUACAUGUUGUAUAAUGUUUUUUUUUUGAUAUUCUAACAAUUUCUUAGAAUAAAAAAAAAAUUGAGUUGACAGAAACAGUCUGAUUCAAAGCAUUAUGCAGGUGCAAGAUGAUGUAGUAAUCAACCAUUGAAUGUCACAAAAGGGACUGUCAGUGUGGUAUUGUUUUUUAAGGACAAUGAAGUUUGGAGUAGGUUAGAAUGGACCUUUUUGUACAGAAAACAUAUCUAAUCAACAACAGUUUUCUUUGGCAGUUUUUAUAUAAAAGUACAAUGUAUAGCUAAACGUAGUGGACAUAAUUUAUUUUAUUGACACAACAAAAUUCUAUAUAAACAAAUUUAGUUAGUGGUUAGAGAUUUUAAAUAAGAAAUUUAUUUUGUUUCAAUCCUAAUAACCAAAUAAUGUGUAUAUGAGGUAUACAAGACCAAAGAUUCUGUCAGGUGGUUCAUUUGACUGAGUGUUUUUCAUUUUUCUUUUUCAUUUAGUUAAUGAUUGCAUCACAAAAUGUAGUAUGCCUAAUUGUCACUAAUAUAUUUUGUAAAAUCUAUAAAUGCAAUUUCAUGUAAUAUGCUUUGUAAUAAAUUAAAGAUAUAUGAAAAAUGUUUUUAACUGUGUAGCAUUUAUAAAUAUAUUCUCUUUUCAGUCAA